CGCUAGACAUCAGCUGUGAACGUUUCGCAUCAGUAGCAGACGAGAACGGCCGCAUCCAGAAUGGGGAACGCCGAAUCAGCUCAAGACGCGCAGUCGGGGUCAUACGAUUUCGGAGUGCAGGUGAGCGAUGGCUGUGUACGUGAGCUAGCCAUAACAAAUUUUGUGACGACCACGGCUACAUUUACGUGGAAUAUCCACCAGCUGAGGAGGUGGCCAAAAGGUACAUUCGAAGCAUCGUCGCCAGUGUUCGUGCACCCAAGUGCGAGCAGAUGGAGCAUGCAACUGUCCAAAGACCCCCACGAGGCCUUCUACCUGGGUUUCAUACUGAUCUCUUCUGAGAAGGGAGUACCUGUGAGAGCCACCAUCAAGACCAAGGCCAAAUGCAAAUUUGGUCAAAUAUCAGAGCUGCCUGUCAUAGAGUCUGAGCUGUUCAAAGUGGGCGAGGUGCAGAGGAAGGAGUGGCUGCGAGGCUUCAGCCAACCGAAGGAUGUGCAGUCAGACGAGCUACUGCUGGAGAGCGAGGUGGUCGUGGUGCGCGGCGUGGCGGAGUCCGCUCCAGGACCCGCCAACAGUCUCAAGGGUGACCUGGCAAUGCUGCUCAAGCUGGAGGAGGACGCUGACGUCACGCUGCUGGCCGGAUCCGGCGCGGAGCGGCUGAGGGCGCACUCGACGAUCCUGCGCGCUCGCAGUCCUGUGUUCGCUUCCAGGUUGCAGUCACCGGAGGUAGCCACCAAAUCUGGCUACGUGUUCGACAUGCAGGACGUGAAGCCGCGCGUAGUCAAGGAGCUGCUUCGCUACAUCUACACCGACAGUACUCCGGAGCUGUCUCAGAUGCCGGAGGAGCUGCUUGCCCUCGCCAACAGGUUCGAGCUGAUGGGCCUGAUGAGGCGCUGUGAACUCGAGCUUUGCCAGAAGCUGACAGUGGACAAUGCUGCCCGAACCGCACUGCUAGGGGUGCAACACUCCUGCCUGACGCUCCUGCAGGUCGUGGUGCCAUUCAUCGAGCAGAGGUACGGAGAAGUGAUGGGCACCCCUGGAUGGACUGUCGCUGUCCGCACCGACCCCGAAGCCAUGGCUACUGUCAGCCGACUCAUCUCCGAUGCUGCCAAGGGACAGAUCAAAAUUCGACUUUCGUCUCACUAACUGCAUUUUACUGGGGAUAGACACAAUCCAGUGAGGAAACAAAAUGUCUCUCCUGAUGUACUCACUUUUCCUGACUAGCCUGCGACAGUCCGCACCAACCUCGAUGACUACGGUCAGCUCUCUGAUCUCGGAUGCUGCCGUGGGGCAAUUCAGAAUUCGUACCUCAUGUCAAUAAAUCUUAGCGCGGCUAGUCGCUACCCUGUGCAGAAAAUUUUUUUCCCCAAGUACUCGACUCUCCUUAAAUACAAGUUGGGCUUCAAAAAACUGCUACAUGAAAUGGAAAGCAGCACCCUUCUUCAACAAAUUAAUAAAAGUUUGGAAAUUAGUAUUGCACGGUGCAACAGUCCAGCGGGGCGGAAGGUGGGGAAUAUGAGCCACACUGUGGAGAGACACCCAUCGUGUGCUGUGUGUCACUUUCCUGUACGUCUUGUCAAUUUCGCAUAGUCAAAUCGGGAACUCUGACAGAUUAAUAGCUGGAAACCUAGGUCACUCAAGACUGUUGCAGUCACAUCAACGAAUAUUAGGCUACUGUAUCAAUUUAUAAAACAGUCAAGAUCGCAAUAAUAAUUUAUUUAAAAAUGAUGACCAGGUUCGGUCUCUAUACUGUCCAUUUUCAGAUCUAAUUGACUCUAAACAUAUAAAGAGCACCGAGUACCAAAUUACAGCCGGCCGGAGUGGCCGAGCGGUUCUAGGCGCUACAGUCUGGAGCCGCGCGAUCGCUACGGUCUCAGGUUCGAAUCCUGACUCGGGCAUCGAUGUGUGUGAUGUCCUUCGGUUAGUUAGGUUUAAGUAGUUCUAAGUUCUAGGGGACUGAUGACCUCAGAAGUUAAGUCCCGUAGUGCUCAGAGCCAUUUGAACCAUUUGAAGCACAUUACAAAGGAAAGUCAGGGAAAGCAUAAAGGUCUUCAGCCAAUGGUGCACAGAACGGUUGUGUGAAAUCAUGGUCGUUUACUGCUGCUGAUGGCUAAUGUGCCAAUGGUUACAUAGAGAGGAAAUGCGCGCUUAUUCCGCCUGACAUCCGCCUCAGAUAAUGGUCAAUGGGUUACGUCAGGUGAGUUCAAAUGAACGAAUAGAAAUGUGAAAAAAAUAAAAGUAUUUGUAUAACAUUAUACGAAAGCUAGCUUAUAAAUAACUAUGUUAGUUCGCUGAUAAAAAGCAUGUAAGCUAAAAACAUUACAAAUUAAAAGAGGCAAUGUGAUAAGCUACGUGGUAACCGAUCGCCGCCUGGGGCCUUGUUUGGUACUUGCAGGGAUGUUACUCCAUAGCGACCUCAUAAUCAAAGUAGCUGCUGGUACUCGAAUAUGUACCAGGAGGAUGCCGUACGUUGCUAUGACGAUGACAUGUGGUUUCAGCAUCCACUGGCAAGGAUGAAGCUGUGAGGCACCACAGAUUGUAUUGGUAUUAGUGUGUUGAUAUGUUGUGACUAGCACCAGGACAUUUGUUGACUGUGCAUAAAGAAGCUAGAAGGUCAAUCAUUAUAGUGAAAAGAAAUACCUAAAACUGCAGUAUCAUAAUGAAUAAUUGUGUAUAUAUGAUAGCACCAAAGAAUGUUGCUGUCUGAAGUGUUCGUUCAUUUGUGUGCAUACUACGCAAAUCAUUGCCCAUUGGCAGUGGCUGACAUCAUGUGGCAUAGGUGUGCGUCUUCCACUCUCUUUAACCCAUGGCAGAUUAGCCAUCAGCAGCAGUAAACGACCCUCAUUUCACAUUCGUGUUCCAUGCACUGCCAGCUGCAGCCAUAUGGUUAAGUGCUGCAUUAUUCUAACACUAUGAUUUUUUCUGACUUAUCUAUGUAAUUUGGUACUUGACACUCUUUAUAUCUUUACAGUGCACUGGAUCUGAAUAUGAUUAGCAUAAAGGUCAAAACUGCUUAUAAAAAAUUAUUGCGACCUUGACUCUUUUAUUAAUUGAUAAUUUAUAAUAGAUCGCUUUCAGUUCCCCAAACCAUGCCAACUGCAGUUGGGCUAUGUCUGCAAGUCCAUAAAGAAACGUUGUAGUCCAGUUUCAGUCACUGACAUCAGUUUCAGUUCAUUUUCUUGCUUUCUUACUCUCUAUUUGUCUAUUCUUUGUUACUCUUCUUCUCAUGUUACCUCUUUCUUUCUUCAAUCAAUAAAUUUCUUCAUUACUUGAAAGUAUUACUGUUAAUACUGUUUCAUCUUUUUUUCAUUUAUUUUGUUAUAUCUAAGAUUAGCAAUAUUGUUGAUUUACUUUUUGCAGUAAUAAAUGAAUGAUUAUUUUGCAACCCUCUUCUCAACUGUAUCAGUAAAGACACCAUGGAGAAGUUAACCCUUUGUUGAUCAUGUUGUUACUUCUAAUUUCUCAGCCAUGUAAAUGUACUGUACUUUUGUAAUAUUCUGUUCAUGUCUCUGUUCUAUUAAAUUUAUAAUUCAUUGUCAAACAGCUACAAAAUAAUUUUGUCUUGAAAUUAUUCUAUACUUUUUUAUCUCCAUAGUUCAAGAAAUACAAUGCAAAUGUGACAUGGCAUUGCUUUUAGUUAAUUUUUAUAUAAUUCUACAUGGACUUUUUUAAUUUUGUUUGAUCUACAUUUAUCUGAUGUACUUAUAUGUAUGGUUAAUAGCUUGUAACGUUUUUCUUUUUCUUUAAAUCCAGUUGUAUUCAUCUUUUGCUUGAUUAAAUGCUUUGCAAAUGGUACAUUUUGUACUAUCUCUCCAUUCAAACCGUUUUUAGAAAUAUUAUUGGUUUAAUUUUAUACAUUCUGAGCCGUGAAUUGCAUUUUCGUCACCUUUGGUUUGCAAGAAAUAUUUUCCCAUAAAUUUCAAGACAAAUUUAGUAUUUGGUGCUAUAUCUGUUAUUAUAUUCUGUUGUAUUUGUUUAUAAUUGAAAUUUGUAACGUAUUGCUCCACUGUUUCUCUUAUAAUUAAUCAAACAGAUUCUUGAAAUCAACAAAAAA